AUGUCUUCAGAAAUCCUCUCCCUCCUCGACGACCUCGACACCAACGACUCCUCCCCCGCAACAACCCCCUCAACCUCCAACAAACCCUCCCGUUCCUCCCGCCCCGCCUCCGGCGAAGACAACGAAAAUGAAGAAGAAAUCAUGGACUUCCUAGACGAAAUAACCGCCGGUCGGCCAGGGUCGACGAAACCGCAUAACGCACCUCGUGAUCCAGCGGUGAAGAGGGAUGUUACGCCGCCGCCAAGAGCGAGUAGUGAUGAGGCACGGGAGUUUAUUGAGAGGGCGAGGAAGAGUGCGGAACAGAGACGGUCGGCGAGAGCGACGCCGGCGCCUGUGGAUGUUGAUGUGGAUGCGGCGGCGGCGACGGAUAAACCGAAUUCGGCGAUAGUACAGGAAGCUGUCGAUGCACUCGAAGAAGUCGCGCUCGAAUCCCGCUCUCACGACUCGGUGGUGCCCAAACAGUCUUCCACCGGCGGCUGGGGUUGGUCCUCCCUUGGCGGCAUCGCAGCCCUCGGCGGCGGUUUACUAAAUACCGCCCAAAAAACCGUCAAACAACUCCAAGAAUCCGAACAAGCCCGACAAUGGGAAGAGCGUAUCCGACACGAAGUAGCAUCCCGCGUCGACGUCGACCGCAUCUCCCAACUCUCCGACGAAAUCCGACAAAAAGCGACAGCGAUGCCAACUUUGGGUGAGGCGUUUAGUACCGUUCUUAAUGUCGUUGCGCCUCCGAUUAGUGAGCAUGAGGUUUUGAAGGUUGUUGUGUGGCAUCGGAUGAGUGGGUAUCCGAGGUUGGAUACGAAGGUUUAUGAGGCGUUUGAUAGGGUUAUGCAACAAGUCGAAGGCGGGGAUCUCAUCACGAAACCCGGCAACCCAACACCAACAACCGAGUCUCGCAACCUGAACAUCAUCUCAGGCCUCGACGCCGCAUUCGAGGCCGCCAAAUCCUCCAUCCCCUCCUCCACCGCCGAACAGGAUGCAGAUAACGGUAAUGGGGAGGGACCACAUAUCUCGACGAUUCAUUUAGCGCUGAUACCGACAUCUUUCACACCUACACCCGCGUUUCUGGGAGAGGAUAAACAGCUGGCGUUCCUGAUCUACCUCCACGACCCGACGCACUCCUUAACAUUCACCACAACCUCUCAACCCCUCCCCCUGUCCUGGGUCAAAUACCUCGAGGCCGAGGCCAAAGACGCAGAAGAAGAAGUAGAAAAGGUGCAUCCGGACGAAUGGGUCGAGGAUUGGGUUGAGGAUAGUGUUGGGUUGGGGGUCGGUGUCGUGGCGGAGCGCUAUGUCAUGGCGAGGAUGGGUGUUGAUUUUAGGGAGAAGGUUAGGGAGGGGUUGGGGGAGGAGAGGGCGUUGGGUGUUUAG